AAAAUUCCACCUGCGGUCACACUAAAGUUACUAGCGUUAUUGCCAUAACUGACAAGAAAAAAAGUAAAUAAAAAUAAAAAACUAAUAACAUUCCGCAAAACGCCAAAAGAUGUUCAUUGUGGCAAUAACUGGUGGCAUUGCUACGGGCAAAAGUACUGUGAGCAAGGUCUUUGAACGCCAUGGCAUCCCAAUCAUCGAUGCCGACAAAAUUGCUCGAGAGAUUGUGGAACCAGGUCAACCUUGUUGGCAAAAGAUUCGAUCAGCUUUUGGCGAAGAAGUGCUCUUGCCCAGCAAGGAAAUCAAUCGAGCUGUUUUGGGGCGUUUAAUCUUUGAAAACAAGGAGCUGCGUGGAAAGCUUAAUCAAAUCACACAUCCUACAAUACAUCGCACUAUAUUUUGGCGUGUCUUCAAACAUUUCAUGUCUGGCCGCGCCUACAUAGUGCUCGACUUGCCACUGUUAUUUGAAACUGGUAUCUUAAUGGAUUUCAUACACAAAAUUGUCACGGUGUCCUGUGACUCGGAUAAACAACUAGAGCGACUGUUGGCACGUAAUGAACUUUCGGAGCCCGAAGCACGUAAUCGCAUCGACUCGCAAAUGCCGUUAGAGCAAAAAUGCGAAAAGUCACAUUUUGUGGUCGACAAUAAUGGUAGCAUCGAUGACACUGAAAAGGCAGCGAUGCUCAUUUUUAAUAUGAUGCAGGAAAGCAAUAAGCAUUGGUAUAAUCGUGCCUUUAUCCUGGGCUCCAUUCUCAUUGUAUGCUUCGCCAUCUACUUUGUGUGCAAAACCUUUGAAUUGUGGCCCAUGUCCAAGGUGCUUUAAGGCGUUCCUUGCUAGCCUUUGUCUCUGUGCGUGUCAUUAACGUGUCUUAUUUAUUUAACUUUUGUAUUUUAUGUUUAUGAAUUCCAUACCAAAUAUGUUUUUACGCACACCUGCAACAAUUUAGCCAAUAAAUUAUACAAUUGCAAAAGGG